GUUGUAGAUGCCGUACGCAAAUCAACCUGUCAUAAAUAUUAUGGAGUUAAGCGACGACUUAGUUCGCUUUUCCUUAGAAGAUACUGAUCUUAGCGUUGCAAAUGCUCUUCGACGGGUUUUCAUUGCUGAGGUUCCCACUAUUGCUAUAGAUUGGGUGCAAAUAGAGUCAAAUACGAGCGUUUUGCAUGAUGAAUUUAUCGCUCAUCGAAUGGGCUUGAUACCGUUUGUCUCCGACGCAGUUGUUGAUGACAUGGCUUACACGAGAGAAUGUAACUGCACAGAAUUCUGCGACGCCUGUUCUGUAUUGUUCGAGUUGAACGUCAAAUGCAAAGAAGAAGCUACACGUUCAGUAACUACUGCUGAUUUGGUGUGCAAAACUGAACGAUAUUUGAAUACGGUAUAUCCCGCUUGUGGCCAGCAGCUGAAGAAUCGCAGUGCAUUUGGUGACGAAUAUGGGCAACACGAAGAUAUUCUCAUUGUAAAGCUCAGAAAGGGACAAGAAAUCAACUUAAAAUGUUACGCGAAGAAGGGUUUCGGAAAAGAACAUGCAAAGUGGAAUCCAACAUGUGGUGUAGGGUUCGAAUACGAUCCAGAUAAUGCCCUUCGGCACACUGUCUAUCCGAAUCCCAAAGAAUGGCCACGCAGUGAAUUUUCGCAACUGAAGGACCAAGAGGGAGAGGAGAAGCAGUACGAGGCACCAUAUGAUGCUCAUGGCAAACCGAACAAGUUCUGGUUCACAAUUGAAGCCACUGGCGCUUUGAAAGCUGAUCGCAUUGUGUAUUCUGGUGUGGCUGUGUUGAAGAAGAAACUUACGGAUCUACAGGUUAACCUGAGACACGAACUUCUACAACAUGGCCUGGCCAUCAACAACUGAGUGCAAACCAACUACAUCAUGGGAGGGUUUUUGUUGUUACCUGUAUUUGAUCUCUAUAAAAAU